UAGUUGUGGUUCUGGAUGUAGCUGUAAAUUUUCUGUAUCCGAAAAGAAUGAGAACUGUAAACUCAAAGCGGAGAUCGAAGUUUAUGGUGAUUUCCACAAGAAGAUGGAAUUUCCAGAAUGGAAAACACUUCGUUUUCAUAUUGACAGUCUAAUUAUGCUGGUUUAUAAUACGCACAAUUUUUUCAAUGCGAGAAUUGUUUUUCCAAUAUCCCAAAUUGGUAUCUAGGAUGAAUAUUUAUAAAAAGUGGGCCACCAUGGAACUGUAAUUACCAACUUUAGCCUUAAGAGUUUACAUGUUGACCCAAGAGGGUCCAGAACUUCUUGGAUUUGUACUUUAGUUUUCCGCCUGGCAACUUUAUCAAUAGGAGCGUUAAAUGGUGCUGAUCGCGGACGACGGGGAUGGAGGAGCACCCUCUUCUGUGAAACUAACUGGGCAAAUUCAGCAAACUAAAAGUGGGAGCAAUGUGGUGAUCGUUGCAGACGCAGAGGUUUCUUUCCCGGAAACAAAUGUUGAAUCUGAUCAUUUCACCAGUUGCGAGAGUUUAGAUCAGGAGGAAGAUGAUUAUGAGGAGUAUGAUGAUUUUUCCGAGUUGCCCGAUACCUGCAGUAUCGCCUCGGAUGAUUCGUUCUACCCGCCCGACAGCCUCCUGUCAAUCUCCGAUACACAGAGAGGGGAGACUUCAGAGAGCCCCACACCCAUCUCCUUUUUCCAAGCUUGCUGCACGAACAAACCCCUCAUGGUUAAAGUCAUGAUCAGACAGGGAGUUACAGAAGAUCAAGUCAGGGAAACUGAUAAAAACAACCGGACUGGGCUGAUAGUUGCUUGUUACCAAGGCUUUGUGGACAUAGUGAUAAAUCUUGCUCAAUGCCCCUACAUUGAUGUAAACUGGCAAGACAAUGAAGGAAACACUGCUCUCAUAACUGCUUCCCAAGCAGGGCACAUAACUAUCUUGAACUACUUGCUGAAUUACUACCCUGGCCUGGACAUUGAGAGGAGGAAUGUAUACGGAUUCACACCACUGAUGAAAGCUGCAAUGCAGGGGCGAGCCGAGUGCGUCAGAACCUUAUUGUUAGCAGGUGCAGAUUUUCAAGCUACAGACCCUGGUCGGAUGUUGACACCCAGAGAAUGGGCGCUGUUCACUGGACGCUUCGAAACAGCCUACCUGAUACACCGGCUGCUGGUCCGGCCUUGCCCGGAACAGUUCUCUGCCUCUUAUAAACCUGAGUGGCCCAGACUCAAGGAGCUAGUGGCCAAGGCAAGAGUGGAGAAGGGCUGCUUACAGAGGCUCUCGGAGAGAGUACGCUCUAUGUUCACCUUCAACUUACCCCACGACCCUGAAGAAAAUGGUGUCAUGGACCAUAUGGUUAGGAUGACAACAAGCCUGGGCAGCCCUUUUAUAGCAACAGCCUGCCAAACAGUGUGUCCUGACAGCCCGCCCUCUGUGGGCAAACAGCGUUUUUCUGUACAGGAGAUCUUAAGGAAGCAACGGGUAGAGCAGUUAAAGAAUCAGGGCCCUGAGCAUCUCAACAAAUAUAAGAAGCUCUUUCAGAACUCACAGGUUUUGUUGGUUCCUAAAAAGAAAGACAGGAGGGCCAGCCUGCAGCCUAACAGUCUGUAUGUCAAUUCAGCAAAGACUGUGGCUGUGAGGCGCAGCAGCCUGCUGCCUCUGCACCUGCUGAGGAGGAGAAGCGUGCGCCCCGGCAUUGUGGUGCCCAAGGUGCGAGUGUCCAAAGCACCUCCUCCCACUUAUGAGCCUGAGAAGGUGAGGAGAAAAAGCAGCUGUAAAGAUAACCAGUUUCUUCAGCCUCCCAAGUGGAGGUACAAGGAGCUAAAGGAGGAGCGGAAGAAGGCAGAAGAGGAGGAGAGGAAGAAAGCUGAGGAAGCAAUCCAGAAACGUUUGGCUGCAGGGAAGAAAGUGUGACCUUUCCUGUCAGCCCUGGCUAUAAAGACUUUUUGUUGAAGAUUAGGUUUAACAGAUUAAGGGCUUGCUGCUAAGCUAAUUCUAUUCUAGGAUGUUUCAAAUUUGCUUUGCAGAAUUUCUUACUUGGGCUAUAUAUUUAUUUUUUCCCUUAUUUAUUUAUUUUGAAGCUGAUGAUGCUUUUUGUUUAAGUGGGAGACAGUCUGAAAUUAUUCACACAAAACCAGCAGAAAUAUUUGAAGAACCAGGAUUUCUGUGUUGCGCUUAAACUUUGGAAAUGGCAUGGAAAUAUAGGACAUUCAUACAGUUGCAUAACUUUGGAAGCCAAUUAUCCACCAGUGUUUCUGGGGUAAAGGUGAUUGGAGGGGUUAACAAAAUGCUGUUUUUAAAGUCUAAGCUGCAAAAGUCUUGUGUGAUGUUUUGUGGAAGGUACUUAAUACUAAAAAAAUAAUUGCUUAUGCUGACAGCAACAUUAUUUUACAAUAAAAAUGUAGGGUUUAUGUUUUAAUGCAGAUCAAACAUAAGUAGAAACAUAUCACACAUUUUCCCUCUACUCUUGAUAGUAAGGAAAAAAGAGAAAAAAAAGGAAAGUUCAUUGAUUACUGUUGGUUCCACUGCUGCUUACUAAAAGGAUGCUGACUUUGUUAAGGAAAACAAUGUCUGAGGGUUACACAAUGUUUGACUAAACGUCUCCCCAAGGCUGUCUUUAAACCUUUGCGGAUAUUGUGAAUAACACUUACUGCUGCUAACUGUACCUGAAUAUUUGGUGUUGCUUUGAGUGAGACAAUAAAAGCCAGGUUUCCAAAAAGAUGCCUGCUGCUAAUAAUCGCCUUGACCAAAGGCACAUUUUUUUAAAUUGGCAUCUACAGUCACUGAUGUUUUACACUAUAUAGCAACAUACCUAAUAUGCACAUUUUGAAACAUUAAACAUUAACACUAGAACCGCCGAGAUUUCGGACUACAUACAACUGCCGCACCUGCAAAAUGUGCGGCUCCAUUUUAAAACGGUUUGAUAUGAAAAUGAAAAACAAUCAGAUAUAACUUAAUAUUUUUUUUUUUAUUUAUGAACAUCAUACAUAACAUUUUCUGAGUAGAAACGCCGUAUUUACAUUGAAAAUAAAACUUUUUUUUUUUUCAAAAAGAGCACAGAUACAUAAACGUGAAAACUAAUAAAAUAAACUUCAGGCAAUAAACUUCUGUGUAAACAGGUGUAGAAAACUGUAUGCACAUAUACCAUUAUAAAACAUAAAUAACUACUUUUAAAAAUAGCAUAAAACAAAAAUAUAACAUAAAUUACGCAACGUGAAAGCGCUUUGACUGAAGCAGUUCAAAGGCUCUGUCUAUCUGUUCAGCGUUCUACAGCUUUCGAAGUACAACCUACGCAGAAAACACGCUUUUCAACCGUACCCGUGCAUUUGCCACAGAAUGCCUUUUCACAACGGGCGCAGACAUCAAAAGUUCUGUUUUUAUUGCAUUUAGCAACCUGGCAUUGUCUUUUAUUCCGUGUGCCAGUGGGCACAGCGCUGGCUGAAGGUUGAGGGGCAUUUGCCAGCCGGCUUUCGUCUCUUAUCAAAAUGUUUCUGCCGUAGUUCCCGGCUAGCUGCAAAAUGAAGCUUCUCCGAGUGAUUGUGCUGCCGGUGCACUCCUUGUACAAAACCAAAGCGCCAGGUACAAAACAUUAUAAAAAACAGACACAGGCCACCUGCGAGUACCACCUUUGACAGAAUACAGCUGUGCCAUUUGAUCCAGUAUAUACACACCGUACUUCGUUGCGUUGUAAAAUGCAACAGUCUCUUCCUUUCGUUUAGCAUCAGUCCCCAUGGUCACUGAUCUGUGCAGAGGGCUUAGAUACGCACAUUUUUUAUUUUUUUUGCACCAACACAUAGGGUGGCACAGUCGUUUUGCCUGAGAAAUGUAGUGUAAAUAAUAACAAUAUAAGAUGUGUAGAAUGACUUUCAUCAGUGUUUCAAGCACGCAACAGGAUUAUAAUACUAGGCUAUUUCACAAUGACUGAUUUUAUUACAAAGCCCAGGCUAAAUUGUGGGCUAUAUUGUAUUGAUUUCAAUAUGGUGCAUAAACUGCGGGUCUGGCGGUUGAAGAAGCAAGUGCUUAUAACUUAUUCAUGUUUACGAUUCUGUAGCUGAAACACCGUAUGGGUAUUUAAUUAAAAUCUUUAGUAACACUUAAGAACGGACAUGCACGAGAUAUUCACAUACACUGAGAUAUUUAAAUUUGAAUUGCAAAAGCUGUUCAAAAGCGGCUAUGGCGGUGCUAGUGUUAAGGGGUGUAAAUACAUGUUAAGGAAAACAACACAAAAAGACAAAAGAUGGGUUAAAAAUGUGAUUUUUUUUCUUCUACAAAUAAGCUGUAACACCAACUACACACGUGCAUCUGUAUUAAAAUGUUCACAGGUGCAUAUAAGGUAACAGGCUGAUUUUCAAAGGUUUUUCUAAUUUCUGUACCGUUAUUUUUUAUUUAUUUAUUUAUUUAUUUAUUUAUUUAUUUAUUCAUUUAUU